UCCACCAGUUAACCUCACAGAAAACUGUAGUACCCUGCAUCUCCUCAUUUUACUCCUCAUUUGCAUAUUUCUGUUGCAGAUGAAAUAGAUUAUUUGCUUCUUAUUUGACUUUUAGGUCUUUGAAGCUACUUCUGCCGGUUAAUUUAAACUUCAUGGGUCUGUUUCUAAUGAAAAAUACAAGUCUUCAUAGCUAACAAAAAUAUUUUUAAAAAAGUACGGGGCAGAUGUUCCCUCUCCCUUGAGGCUGCUGAGGGAAAGAUACCUUUCCACAUUAUAGAACAAGCAGUCUGGUUAAAUGAAGAGUUGAAUUGUGAGCUUUCUUAAGAAUUUCAGUCUGAUUCUUUACAACGUGAAAAUGAAUGAUUCAACACUUUCAUGAACUAUUUUGUUUGUUCUGUUCUCUGUUAAUAUAAUUCUGUCCUUGGAUGUGUUAUUUUAACAAAGGGGAAUUGUUAAGUUCCUAAAACUUUAAAAAUUGUUGCCAUGUCUUGAUAAUUUCUUGCCCUGGUGAUAGUAUUGAAAGUCCUAUCUCUGUAUUCCCAAAGUUAUAAAAUUACUUAUGUGAUUUGUCUGCCAGUUUAUAAUAUUUAUUUUCUCUCACAUGUAUGAUGGAAUAUUUGUAAUCCUAUGACUUCUAUAUUUUAUUGCCUAACAAAUUGUCACUUCUUUUUUUUAAUUCUUAAAAUAGUUUUUUUUAAAUUAGUAGACUUUAUAUAUAUAUAUUUUUUUUUAUGAUAGGCACACAGUGAGAGAGAGAGGCAGAGACACAGGCAGAGGGAGAAGCAGGCUCCAUGCACCAGGAGCCCGAUGUGGGAUUCAAUCCUGGGUCUCCAGGAUCACGCCCUGGGCCAAAGGCAGGCGCCAAACCGCUGCGCCACCCAGGGAUCCCUAGACUUUAUUUUUUAAGAGCAGUUUUAGCUUUUUGACAAAUUGAGCAGGACGUAGGUUCUAUUAUUAGUCUCUUAUUAAUAACAGCUUGCACUCAUGGGAUACAUCUGUUACAAUUGAUGGAAGUCCAUUAUUUAUUUAGGCUUCACUGUAUACAGUUGAGUUUUGUUAACUGCACAAUGUCAUCUAUCUACAAUUAUAGUUCAUACAAAUUAGUCUCAUUAUCCUAAAAAAUCCCUGGCCCUCCACCACCAAUAAUUUCUAUGCAGUUAACACCACUGGGUGGUGAGAACCCUCCCUACUCAUCUAUCUUUGGCCUUCAUGGAAAUGAAAUCACUUUAUUCCACUGGCCCUUUUUCCUUAUUUGUGUAUCUGUCUCCUGAUUUGCAAGGUCUCUGGAGAGUCAGCCUGUGGUCUCCUGAUAAGCUUCUGCAAGAAAUCUUUCUAGGAGCAGUGGGAAGGAGACAGAAACCACCCCUUCCCUGGACUGACAGAGCUACCUGCCGAGCGCUGCUGCCACCAUGCCCAAGAGAAAGGCAAAAGGAGAUGCUAAAGGUGACAAAGGGAAGGUGAAGGAUGAGCCACAGAGGAGAUCAGCACGGUUGUCUGCUAAACCGGCUCCUCCAAAACCAGAACCCAGGCCUAAAAAGACCCCUGCCAAGAAAGGAGAGAAGCUGCCCAGAAGGAGAAAGGGCAAAGCAGAGGGUGGCAAGGAUGGCAACAACGCUGCGAAGAACUUAGAUGCUUCUGCAGCCCAGUCACAGAAAGCAGAAGGUGGUGGGGAUGCCAAGUAAAGGGUACUUUUUUGAUAGCGCUGUCCUUCUAGUGACUAUACUGUUUGAAAUACUAUUUUUCUUUAAUCAAGUUUUAUAAAAAUGUAGAAUUUUUUUUUUCAAAUUUCUGUUGUUAGCCUACAAGACACAUUGUUGUUGUCUUUUCUUUCAUGCAAAGUGCAAAUACCACUAACAGAAUGUCUCAGAAGCUGGAUUGAAAUGGGGGAAGAUGAAAUCUUCUAUCCUUGUGUUUGAAGAUUAUUCUUGGUUCCCAGGAGGGAUUCUCUGACAUUCACAUAAUUUAGCCACUUUGGCUUAGAAGCCUUACAUCGUGGAGAAGCAAAACUUUGUCUUCUUUCCUGAUGCCAUCAGCAUAUACCUGACUUCCUGAAAUAGUUUUGAUGUGGCCUUGGGCCUCCUAAAAUACUCAGGCUUUCUGGUGAUGACAUCAACAUGGUGUUGCUCAAAAGAGCCAAGGUUCCUGCUCCUAGUUUGCAGAUCAUCCCUUUUGUAAUCUGAGAGUUUUAGCGUCUUUCUAACAUGCUGGAGUUGACCUGCAAAAAGAUCUUACACAUCUCUUGUGAAACAUCCACCCCUACUGAGAACUCUGCCUUUUUAAAACAGCAACCGAAGACUGUUGACUUUUGGGGGAGGGGAGUUUGAAACUUGUAAAAUGUUGUGGAUUAUCAACUCUCUCCUGGAAGAAACUGGUUUUAAAAAAUAUCUUAUUAAGCUGAAUACAAAUUAGCUUGGUGGUAGGGGAUUUCCUACCCAAAGUUAUAGAGCUAUUCUUUACUGCAUUGUAGACAUUUUAUAGUCUUGCUUUUCACAUUUGGUUUUAGUCUGCUCUGAACUGAUUUUUGUGAAAAGUAUGAGAUAGUUCAGUUGAAUGUUUUUUUUUUUUUUCCAUAUGGAUAAGUGGUGGUUGUCCCAGCACCACUCUAUGAAUGACUUAAUUCUUUCCCACUGAUCUAUAACACCAGCUCUUUCAUAAAUGAAGUCUACACAUGUGGGUGACUCACUGGCCAAUUUGUCUAGCCUUGUGGCAAUACUAUACAAGCCUGGGUACUACAACUUAAGAAAAGAUCUUGCUAUCUCAGGACAAAUCCCACCUCCAAAAAAAAAAAAAAAAAAAAAUCACCACCAAGUUUUUCUUCCUUG